AUGGAUGCGUUGCACGAGUUAGGCUUCAUCAAUCCAAGCAGUUCACUAUGGGGAGUGUCGAUACUCUUCGUGAAGAAGAAGGAUGGCUCAUUGAGGCUCCGUGUAGAUUACUACGAACUCAACAAGGUCAUGAUCAAGAAUAACGGAGGAAGGGUGGGCAGCAGGUACCACAAGCCCUCUGUCCCACACAUCCAUCCAAAAAAAAGUGUAGUUCACUGGUUCCAUUGAAUGCUCCUAUCUCUCGUCAAAGACCGUGUGAGUGUGCAAUUAUUCUUUAGAUGCUUUGCCAUAGAAUAGAUUGACCCCUGUUCUUUUCUACUGCACUCGCUUUAUAUCUUCGACACACAAGGAAGGACGCAGUAGGAAGGAAGCAACCCAAGCCUCUAUCCAGUUGAUCAUUCUGUUGGCAUCUCGCAUUCACACCGCCUUUUGACUGUUGCUUAGGGAUGUAGUUGUAGAUAUGUUGGUUGUCAGUGGGUCGUUGGCUCAACCUAAUAUCUCCUAUACGAUAUGUAGUUGUCGUUGCCAUAUUCCAUAUGUCACUUAGUCAUCUCUGCCUCGUUGCGGGUCAGCACCUUCGAAAGAAACGAAGGACUUCAUUAAGUGACUCCAUGAUCAACCUCUGAACGAUCAGAAUAA